UCGUCAUCACAGGUGAGGCAGACUGCAGACGCUCCGGAACCAUAGUCAGAGUCGGGGAGCGAAAACAAUUCAAGGAUCAAGUGUAGAUCAGAGGAAUCUCUCAGCAAGUGCACCUCGACAAGAUACAUUGUAUACAGUUUCGUUUGGAUCCCAAUAUCAACGCGACAGGAUGCUAGGGGUGUGGAUUGGGGUUCUGACCCCUCUACUGACGGUGUGGAUUACAUUGCCGUGUGUGAGUGCGAUAUACCUACCCUCAAACGUGUCAAUGUCGUCACCCUGGAGAGCCGACUCCCCAGGGCCCUGGAGCGAAAUUCUGGAAGACUGGGUUCUUAGUGAUGGGGCUUCAUCUCGUACGUCAAGGGUCAUGAAGAUCGGCGACAAUGCCCUGACUGUCUCACCAUCUGGCAACUCGCCGAACAAGCGGGAUGUUUCCGAAACGGACCUGUACCUUCUGGGAGCGAUAGAAAAACUCGUCUACAGGGUGGAUUACAUGGAAAAACGCUUAAGAAGAGCAGAGGAGCUGCUCUAUUAUGUGGUUUCUGGAAACAAUCAGGCUAAAGAUCUGUGCCCGAAUAACUACACGCGGGUGGGCAAGAACUGCUACCACUUCAGCGUUCGCGAGUUGGACUGGAAGUCGUCGGCGAGCAUGUGUAGAAGUUUCGGUGGCAACCUAGCGGAGUUGGAGUCUGUUGAGGAGAACCAGGACCUGAUAGCCCACCUGCAGUCGGUCAAAAAGGUCCGGGGCAAGAGCUUCUGGACAGGGGGAUUAAAUCCUGGUCUCCUGUGGAUAUGGGCUGGAAGCGCACGACCUGUCCACCAGGAUACUAAGCAAAACGUCACCGGCGACGGGAGGUGUCUUAAGCUCGAGUACAACCCGACCUCAAGGAUAUAUUCGUACAAAGGCGAUGAUUGCGGGGCGAGGCACAGCUACGUCUGCGAGUUUUCUACGGAUGAUGAGUCCGCAAACAAACUCGAGAGGACAGCGCGCGAAUUGACGAUGCGCCGUCAGAAUGUAGAUUAAAGUUUUGAUUUGCUCACUUCUUUUUUUACGACGCUUGAAAACCGACCCAAGCCUGGGGUACAGUCACUACCGCAAGUUGAUAUUUAUAUUUAUUAUUUUAGCAUUUAUUAUCGUUAUAUAGUACAUACUUUGCCUUGCCCGUAGCAUAGUGAUAUAACACACGGAGAUACGCUCUAUUGUACAUAUAUAAAUAGAUACAUACAUAUGUACGAAUGCUAUGAUUGAUUAAAGACUUGUGUACCGUUACAUAAUAGUAAGUAAGUAAGUUGUAAUACCUAUGCAUUAUUUGCGAAGAUGAGGAAUAAAAAUUAAAUUAAAUUUCAUCAAACGCCACAGUUAUUCACGUGCAGUCGUACUUUGUGCGACCCUAUAACUGCAGUCGCGGCGUACGUUUGUUGCGGCGAUAGA